AUGACACCGGUCUCAAUUGCUGUCAGCCACAUCAGCUCCGAUGCCGUGAUAUUUCUGGUUGCACAGGGCGCUGAUGUCAACAAGCCUGACAAUAUCCGGCGGUUUCCGAGCAGCCAAGGAGGACAAGAUCAAGAUGCCUCUGCUGUCUCGGCGGGUGACCGGCCCCUGCACGCCAUUUGCGGCGGUGGCGAUUGCAUGCUGUAUCAGCGUGCGGCGGUUGGACUACUUCUGGCCCACGGCGCUGAUGUCAACGCACUCGGUUGCAAUUCUCUAACCCCACUACACAAGCUAUGCCAAGAAGAUUAUAGAAGAGUUACUGGAGCGCGGGGCCUCGGUCAACGCCUGCAGCAGCUUUGGGCAAACACCACUACACCACUACACCUCGCCUGCUGGCAAUUUCGUGGGGGUAUACACAUGGAGACGCUGCUGUCUCAUGGUGCAGACUGGCGUGUCUUUGACGCCACAGGCGUGACGCCAAUACAUGUAUUCUUUCGGUUUAACUCGCUGGCUCUGAAGCAGGGCAUCGAAAUAUUCCUCAAGCAUGGCGUGGACCUCGGCAUUCAAGACCUCGACGGCGAGACGCCGCUCCACGUUCUGUGCCAGCUUGAAUACUUCGUCGAGGUGGAGGACUGUACCGGCUUGCUGGCCAGUAGUGGUGUAAACAUCAGCCAGGGCGACCGGGACGGCAGGACACCCCUGCACUAUCUCUGCCAAGACAGACCCUCGGAGUGGCGAGAGGGUGCCAUCAAGACGUUGCUGGAGCAUGGCGCGGAUGUCAAGGCCAGGGGCGUGGACGGGUGUGACCCUCGAGAUGUCGUGAGAAAGUUGACCAAGAGAGACGACGUUCGAACCACGAGGCAGAUAAGAGGCUGGCAGCGGAUACUCUUCAUGUUCGACAGAGCCUGCGCAAAGGCCGCAAUGAGAAAUACAAUAUUUAGGCUGGCUGGUUUAGCUAUAACCCCAAAAACUCACGAGAACGCAUAA